AUGAAGGAAAUUCGUGAAGUCGGAACUACCUGUAUUUAUUUUGAUAACAUAACAUAUUUCUUUUUCUUAUUUUUUUUUUCUGUAUUUUUUAUUACUUUAAUCAUUAAAUAUCAUCAUAUUUACUUGCUGAUUGGAACUGUCAUAGUAUAUAUACAUAGAUAUGUCAGGCGCAGAUACUUUGUUUUCAUACCUAUGACUAACAAGCAUAGUUUAUUACAACACGUUUGUUUUAAAUCUUAUUUCUCCGUAUUUGCUCUAUUUUUUAUUUUUACUAAGCUGACAGCGCUAUCUCUGUUUGUGAUGGAAGUGGAAGUGAAGGAUAUAAUAGAAAAAUCUUUGAAAAAGGCAAAGGAUCAUGAUAGUCUUGGGCAUGUUGGAAAGGCUUAUGCUUAUUAUACUGUUGUAGCAGAACUAUGUUCUCCAAAAAGAGCAGAAAUAGAAGAAGCAUUUACAGAUGUUUUAUGUGAAUGGUGUAUGCAAUUGGAGGUCAAUAAUAGGUUUUCUGAUCUUCUGUUAUGUUAUAAACAUUCUUUAGAUAUUUACCCAAAUAAUCCACGUAUGCUAAAUAAUUUUGCAGCGCAUCUUCUAAGGAAUAACGAUCCUAUGAGAGCAAUACCUUAUUUGAAAAAAGCCUUGAGAGUUGAUCCUACUUUUCUACCUGCAGAACGAAAUUUGCAAAAUGCACAUAGUAUGGCUGUAGCUAGAUGGCACUUUCCAAUGUUGAACGAUAAGCAAAGAAAUAAUGCAUUUGCACAAGCAAUACAUAAAAGAAUUUCUGAAGGCUAUGACACCGUUUUAGAUGUAGGAACUGGCACAGGUCUUCUAAGCUUAUAUGCGAAAGAUGCAGGAGCCAAAAAAAUUUAUGCAUGUGAAUAUUCAACAGUAAUGGUUAACAUAGCAAAAGAUGUAUUUGAGCGCAAUAAUGCAAAAGAUAUAAAAUUGAUACCUAAGCUUUCUUCAAAUCUUAGAAUACCAGAUGAUAUUCCAGAAAGAUUGAAAUUGAUAGUAACCGAAACAUUUGAUGCUGGUUUGUUUGGGGAAUUAAUAAUACCAUCUAUGAUUAGUGCACACAAAAAUAUUUUAAGUAAAGAUGGUAUGAUUAUACCUAUGAGAGCCACUCUUUACAUGGCUGCUGUUGAAUGUGAAUAUAUCCGAUACAGGUCAUCAGUUUUAUUUAACAAAAUAAAAGAAGAAUGCUCUCUUAGUUUUGAUAAUGUGCUUAUAAUACCAGACGAUGAAUAUUAUGAUACAGAAAAUCUUGAAAAUGUUAAAAUCAAUCAUAUAACAGAACCACAAGUAUUAUUACAUGUUAAUUUUAAUGAUAUAUAUGAAUUACAAGAAUUUGCAAAAGAUGGCAUAAAAGCUAUACGAUGUGUCAAAUGCAGAUAUGAUGGUAUUAUAGAUGGAUUGGUAACUUGGUUCAAACUACAUCUUGAUGAAGAAAUCGUAAUAGAUACAUCAGAAGCAAAUUCUUGUUGGCAACUGGCUGUAUUUCCAACAAUUCCAGCAGUCUGUAAAGAAGGUGAUAACUUAACAAUUAAGACUGAAGUACAUAAUGGAAAAUUAAAGUGUUCUUACACAUUAAGCACAUUUAAAUCUGAUAUUGAUUCUAAAUGUACAUAUCGUUUACCAAGAGAAAUAAUAAUGUUCCUUAAUGAUCUUGAAUAUAUUAAAUCUCUUAUUCAAAUUAGCAAAUCUCAUGAAACUAGGAAAUUAAAUUGUAUUUUGGAUACCUCACCAUUUCCUAUCUAUGGUUUGAUGCAAUUGAAAAAAAAUAAACAUAGUGAAAUUUUAUAUUAUGAAAGUAGUAAUUUAAUACUUUGUCAUCUUGUUGAACAAAUUAUUAAAGAAAAUGAAAUCCAAGGUACAGCUUAUGCUGUAUCUGAUUAUCGUCAAAUUCAACACCCUGUAGAUAUCAUACUUUUUCAUAAUUUUGAUAUGAAGGGAGAAUUAAAAGAUUGGGGCCAAGAUAGUUGUCAUGAACUUUUCAGCUAUUUAUUAAAACCAGAGGGCAUUAUAUUACCAGAGAAAGUAUUUUUGAUGGGACAACUUAUAUUCUCAGAAGAUUUACCUAAAAUAGUAUCUGUGAAAGAUGCAAAUAUUCAGUGGGAAAAAAAUACAACGAAUAAAUCAAAUUUUCAUAAGCAUAAUGAAUAUAUUAAUGUUGUGACAAAUAUUAAAAAUAGAUAUUCAAGUUACAAGAUUGCAGAAUAUAUUAAUGAAUAUAAGAUAGAUCAAAUAUUUGACUUAAAUUUAAGUCUGUAUUCUUAUAUACCUUUAUCUGAAGUACAUACAUUAAUAGAAAUAAGAGAAAAUGAAAAAACGCAAUCUGUUGUAAAUUUUAGAAAAAUAGGCAAUAAUAAUAAGCAAUUAUAUCCAAAUGCUCUUAUUUGUUGGUAUAAAAUUGAACUUACAUCAGAUCAUGUACAUUAUACAAAAAGAAAUGAUUCUUUUAUGAAUCAUAUGGCAUUAGUAUUAGAGGAUGAAUUGCAAAAUAUGAUUCAAGCAGAUAAUGAAGUAAAGAUUAAAAUACAACAAGUCAAAGGUCUAGUAAGUAUCAAAUUGAUUACUGAAUGAAACAAAAAGUACUGAAUUAUAUAUAUAUAUAUGUGCAUUUUUAGUUUUAUAAAUAUGACUUUAUUUUAUAGCAAUUAUAUAACAAAAUAAUAAAAAUAUAAUAUUAUAAAAUUACUAACAUAAUUAAUAUAUGUUUUAUAAAUAAGUGUUUUUCUGCUAUGAUAAAUAUAUGGAUCAAAAUAAAAUAAUUUACAUUAAAAAUAUUUAUAUAUAAUAAUUUAAUAAAUAAACCAAUAUAUAAUAAAAUAUUUGUUAUGUGAAUAUAAAUUACAAGUAAAAGGAUUUCAAACAA